AUGGCACCCUCCAAGCAAACAAAAAUCACCGACCCGGUGAGACAGAAUAAAAAAGAUAAAGCGAGGCCGGCGCAAGAUGGCGACGGCCAUGCUGUCCAUCCGACAUCACCAGAACGCCACGAGGCCCCAGAUAGUGACCCACAAACGCCAGAUGAAGAGCUGGUCACUAAUAAGAGCCUCCACACAAUGUUGCAGGUCUUAAAGAGCUCGCUCUGGUCCGACCGCCAAUAUACCAACGAGCUGAGGAAGGAAAUUGCCGAGUUAGGAGGCCGCACUAGCCACCUAGAAACGAAAACGGAAGAGAUCUGUGCAGCCCACAACGAGUUGGUCGACAAAUUGCAAAGUCUAGAAGAGGAACAAAAGUCCCUUAAAGUCAAACUGGCAGACAUUGAACAACCUGCGUUUCAGGGGCAUCAACUACGCUGUCACCAAUGA